AUGGCCUCGCGGACCAUAUCCACCGACAAGUCCCGCACUUACAGCACGUCGACAUCGUUCAGCCUCACCGUUCUCAUUUCGGGCUCAGGGACCAACCUCCAAGCUCUGAUCGACGCCUGCGGUCAAGCUCCUCCUUCCAGAGACAAACCAUCUCCGCGACGACUUCUGCCCAAUGCUGAAAUAUCACAUGUGAUUUGUAACCGUCGGGAAGCGAAGGGCAUCGCUCGCGCCCAAGACGCUCACAUCCCCGUCACCUAUCACAACCUGUUGUCGUACAAGAAGAAAUUCCCCGACACCGAGGCCGGGGUCACCGCUGCCCGGAAUCAGUACGACACCGAUCUAGCCCAGAAGAUCCUCACACACAUCCCCUGCCCGGACCUCGUGGUCUGUGCCGGCUUCAUGCACAUCCUGUCCCCAACGUUCAUCAACGCCCUGGCUGCUGCGAAUGUGCCCAUCAUCAACCUCCAUCCAGCGUUGCCGGGCCAGUUUGACGGGGCAAAUGCCAUAGGCCGUGCUUACGAGGCUUUUCAGAGGGGCGAAAUUUCUAAUACUGGAGUCAUGGUUCACUAUGUGACUGCCGAGGUGGACCGCGGUGCGCCCGUCCUUGUACGGGAGGUGGAGAUCAAACCUGGGGAGUCGCAGAGUGAUCUGGAGGAGAGGAUACAUCAGACGGAGUGGAAGCUUAUUGUCGAGGCGACAGCCAAAGUCCUUGCGGAUCUAGAAGCGAAACGGAGACAGGAGAGUUAA